AUGUGCUUGGAAAAUACUAUUGCCCAUGAUAAAAAUUCCCCGAGCCAAGAUCGUGCAAAUGCCAUGAUCUUUUUGUGUCAUCACAUCGAUGAGGUACUGAAAAUGCAGUAUGUCAUGCUGGAAUCUCCACUUGAAUUGUGGGAGAAAUUGAAAGGAAGAUAUGAUCAUUUGAGGCUGACAUUGUUGCCAAGGGCACGAAGCGAAUGGCAAAGCCUAAGGUUUCAGGACUUUAAAACAGUCCAAGAAUAUAAUUCUGCCAUGUUUAAAGUAACAUCACAGCUGCGCCACUGUGGCGAAAAUAUAUUUGAAUCUGAUAUGAUGGAGAAAACUUUCUCCACUUUUCAUGCCUCUAACAUGGUUUUGCAGCAGCAGUAUCGCGAAAAAAGCUUCCAGAAAUAUUCUGAGUUGAUCACCUGUCUUUUGUUGGCCGAACAAAAUAAUGAAUUGUUGUUGAAAAAUCACGAAUCUCGGCCGACAGGUGCAAAUCUAUUUCCAGAGGCAAAUGCAAUACAACCGGCAAAUCCGGUGCCAAGUGCUAAUGAGCAUACUGCCCGCGUAAAACGUGGCAGACCGUUGGGUUUCAAGGAUAAGAAUCCACGAAAGAGGAAAAUUGUAAAUACUAGUGAAGAUAUCAACAAUGAUCAGAUAUCUGAAAAGGUGUUGGCGAUAACCAUGAUAGGAAGUUGA